AUGGGCGAUUAUGCCCAGCUCACCAACCACAACAUCCGCAGCUUUCUCUGGAGAGGUGUCUCAGUCACAGUCAAGGACCGUCAAACUCACGAGGACAAGCCCAUUCUCAACAAUGUCAGUGGUAUUGUCUAUGCCGGAGAGCUGAUGGCCAUCAUGGGUCCUUCUGGCUCUGGCAAAUCAACACUUCUCAAUGUCCUGGCCAACCGUGUUCCUGCCAAAGGUGCUUACGCCCAGUCUGAUGUCUUCCUCAACGGCCGUCCGGCCGAAGCAGAGACUAUGCGCAAGAUCAGCUGCUACGUCGAGCAAGAGGAUGCUCUCGUCGGCUCACUAACAGUCAGAGAGACAUUGAUGUUUGCUGCCCGUCUGUCAUUGCCCAACACCAUCAGCGCCAGUGAGCGUAUCGCCCGCGUCGAGGCACUCGUCAACUCUUUCGGACUCAACGGUCAAGCUAACACAUUGGUCGGUACACCUAUAAGAAAGGGUAUCUCCGGUGGUCAGAAGCGCCGUGUCAGUGUCGCUGCUCAGCUCAUCACUAGCCCCAAGAUCCUCUUCCUCGAUGAGCCCACUUCUGGUCUCGACUCGGCCGCUGCUUUCGAGGUUAUCUCUUUCGUCAAGGAUGUGGCUAAGAAACACAACUUGAUGGUCGUCUCAAGUAUCCAUCAGCCUUCCACCUCAACCUUCGCCAUGUUCGACAAGCUUCUCCUCCUCUCGCACGGCAACACAGCAUACAGCGGACCCGUCAAGGAUGUCCAAUCCUUCUUCGACUCAUGCGGCUUUCCUAUUCCUCUUUACAUGAACCCCGCCGAAUUCAUCAUCGACUUUGUCAACACCGAUUUCGCCAGGAACAGAGGUGAAGUCAUCAACCAACUCGAAAUGGUCACUGGUACAUGGCAACGCUCCGGCCUUCACGCUGAGAAGAUGAACCACAUUGCCCGUGAGAUCUCCCACGGCGACCCCUCACCUCAGGAGACCAACAGCAACGAACAGAUCGGCGCUCACUGGUUCGCUAUCGUGAUUGCGCUUAUCCAUCGCAACUUCAUCAAGUCAUACCGUGAUAUCAUCGCUUAUGGCAUUCGUAUUGCCAUGUACAUGGGUCUGGCUGUCAUGAUGGGCACUGUCUGGCUGCGUCUUGAUGCCUCGCAAGACAACCUCCAAGCCUUCACCAACGCCAUCUUUUUCGGAGGUGCUUUCAUGUCUUUCAUGGCUGUCGCCUACAUCCCUGCUUACCUCGAGGACCGCGCCAUCUUCAUGAAGGAACGUGCCAAUGGUCUUUACGGUCCUACUUCCUUCCUCGUCUCCAACUUCUUGACUGGUCUGCCUUAUCUCUUCAUCAUCACUGUCCUCUUCAGUGUCGUCGUCUACUGGCUCAGCAACUUCCGUGGCACGGCAGGAGGCUUCUGGACUUGGGUCAUGUGGCUCUUCCUUGACUUGAUCGCUGCCGAGUCUCUUGUCGUCUUCAUCACCAGUGUCGUUCCCAUCUUCGUCGUCGCUCUUGCCGCCACCGCCUUCGCCAACGGUCUCUGGAUGUGCACCAUGGGUUUCAUGGUCCGUCCCGCCGACCUAAACCCCUUCUGGCGCUACGUCUUUCACUACAUCGACUACCAGAGCUAUGUCUUCGAGGGCAUGAUGGUCAACGAGUUUGCAGACAGAACUUACACCUGCCCCAAGGUCGAUGGCAAGUGGAACUGCGCGUACAAGGACGAGAAGCUGAACGCCCAAGGACUCAUUCCUGGUACUGGCUUGCUAGAUACCUAUGGCUACAAGACUGGCAGAACUGGCGAGUACAUCGGUAUCUUGCUUGCCAUCAUCUUGGUGUACAGAGCACUUGGCUGGUUUGUGCUGUAUGUUCGCCGCACUUGA